UGGUGCCUUUGCAACGACAGCCCAAGCCUACGUGUAAACCAAACCAAGUCGGCGUUCUCGGUCUCCUCUCACCUCCUCCAACACCCCCCUUUCUUUUCUUUUCUUUUCUUUCUUUUCUCCCUGUUUCUUGGGAGGGACUUGCCUGAAACUUUGGGUCGCUUAUCGUUCCCACAACCCAAAAACAAUUUCAACGCAUCAAUCUUCUUCUUCUUUUUUUUUUUUAAGUUAAAUUUUUUCUUUCCUUGUUUUUCUUCUUGGGAAUCUCAUAUAUUUUAUAUGUCCUACAAUUUAAUAGAGCCUACUGAAUUGAUCAGGAAACUGUAUAUUUGAAGGAGUUUAAGUACUUCAAGCUCUUAUCUAGUUGGAGAAUAAACUUUUUACUGGAAUUCUGUUUUUAAUUGAAAAUGAGAGCGGCCGUUCGAUCAGUUCGCAACAUAAGAUCAGCUUUUCCACAGCCGAUGAAAAGUUAUUCGAGUGCCUUUGUAAGGAAACCAAGCCAUUUGAUUGAAAUCAAUUCUACUUCUGUUUAUAGACUUCCUGAUAAUGCCGAAAUCGAUAGAUUUUUAUUCCCCGCAUUUUUUAUAUCAACACCUUUCUCAACGGAUGCUUCAAGUAAAGUUGACAUCACAGAGGUGAACAGAGGAGGCCCCCUUGUGGAGUAUGAACGAAGAAUUGCAGCUGGUGAACUCUUUGACGGUGAUGCCUGCCAGGUAGGCACUUUAAGAGAACUUCAAAGACUUUAUGAUGAGAUUGUUGAGUCAGCUGCAGCCUGUCGGUUGGAUCGCUAUGCGGUUCCUGAGAAACCUGUUAGGAGUAGGUGGUUUUGGUCUCGUUUAAUGCCACAGUCUUCAUACUCCCCUGUCAAGGGACUAUAUCUUUACGGAGGAGUAGGCACUGGGAAAACUAUGUUGAUGGACCUCUUCUUUGAUCAAUUGCCCUGCAAUUGGAGGAAGAAAAGGAUCCAUUUUCACGACUUUAUGUUGGAUGUCCACAGCCGCUUGCAGAGGCACAGGGGUGUGGCAGAUCCACUUGAAGUUGUGGCAGGAGAGAUAUCUGAUGAUGCGAUUUUACUGUGUCUAGAUGAAUUUAUGGUGACUGAUGUAGCUGAUGCAUUAAUAUUGAAUCGUCUCUUCGGACAUUUAUUUAGCAAUGGAGUUAUACUUGUUGCAACUUCAAAUCGUGCUCCAGAUAAUCUUUAUGAAGGUGGAUUGCAGAGGGAUCUUUUUCUACCCUUCAUUGCCACUUUGAAGGAAAGAUGUGUUGUUCAUGAAAUUGGUUCAGCAGUAGACUACCGGAAACUGACCUCGGCAGAAGAAGGUUUCUACUUCAUUGGCAAAGAUUUGUCCAGCCUACUAAAAACGACCUUUCAGCAGUUGAUUGGUGAACAUGUUGCCCGUCCACAAGUGGUUGAAGUAGUUAUGGGUAGGACGUUGCAGGUUCCUCUUGGUGCUAAUGGAUGUGCUUAUUUCUCGUUUGAGGAACUUUGUGACAGACCUCUUGGGGCUGCAGACUACUUUGGAUUGUUCAAGAACUUUCACACCCUAGCGCUGGAAGGUGUUCCAAAAUUCGGGCUCCACAACAGGACAGCAGCAUAUCGGUUUGUCACUUUAGUUGAUGUAAUGUAUGAGAACAAGGCCAGAUUGUUGUGUACUGCUGAGGGUACCCCACUAGAACUAUUUGAAAAUAUCGUAACCGUUUCAGAUGCCCAGUAUAUGGCUCCUAGAACCUCCUCGAGGUCAAGAAGAAAUGAUGAUUCAAACCUUUGUGUGGAUAAUGAGUUGGGAUUUGCAAAGGACCGCACCAUUAGUAGACUAACAGAAAUGAACAGCAAAGAAUACCUUGAACAGCACGCCGAGGAGAGGCAGCUUUCUCAGCAAUUUCCCAAGGCAGAUGCCGCUCAAGUAUAAAAGCAUACAGCCAAGAUGUGUAAUUCUAAACCCAAUAACAAAGACAUACAUUCAACAACGUUUCAGCUGACCCCUGUUGCCUUCGGUCACGAAUUUGAUCAGGACAACUUUGCAUUUCAUUUUUAUUUUGUUUGUUGUUGGUUGGAUCUAUGUAUGUUAGCAACCACAUAGUCAUUUGUGUUAGUUUGGAUUAAAACGUGACCUUCAAAUUUUAACCAUAUUUAAUAAUAAUAAUGAAUAAUCCAAGUGUUUUUA